GAGUGAAAUUGGAAAAUAUUAUGUUCUUUUUUCAAAUUUAAAUAAAUAAAAUUGGUGUUUUCUUUUAUUUUGUUUGACAGAAAACGCACAUUAUUUUGAAUAUUAUUGUAAACUUGUACAUUGCGAACUUGUCUUCCUCGUUUUUUUUGAAUUGAUUGUAUCUUUCAACAUUUACAUUGGAAAAGAAAAUGAUUUCUUUUCACCGACUUUAUCACCUGUCUUGCGCGAAUUUCAGCUUCAAAAAGCAAGGUAUAAAACUAUGUAAAAUGAUCAAUCCGAAAAGUAAAAGGCAAUGGUAUCCUUCACAACAGCUCAACGCCGAUGCUCUGCCUACAGUACAGAGUUUGACUAAACAGAAAUAUGAACCUGGCAAGCGAGGCCAGCGUAGAACUGCUAUGCUGAACAAAAUGUUCAUGAAACAGAUUACUGAUAUGUUGUCUACUGGGACUGUCUCUAUGGAUGUAGUAGGACGAGGCAUUGAAAUCUCAAAGGUGAAUGUGACACCAGAUCUGAAUGCAGUGAAUGUGUUCUGGGUGUGCAAAGGUGACGCUUCUGAUGAUGAGACAGAGAAGUUGCUGAACAAAGUUGCCGGAGGCUUGAGACAUGAGCUGUCUACACUCAGGGUUAUGGGAGAAAUACCUUACAUUGUCUUUGUUAAAGAUAAGCAAGAAACCCAUUUAGUAGACUUGGAUCGCCGUUUGGCACUGGCUGAUUAUGGAGAAGACUAUGUGCCUACAGACAUGGGCCACAUGCUAAAGUCUGAGUUUGUCUUAAAUACUAAACUGUCUCCUGAAGUGAAGGCUAAAAUAAAGAAACUAGAAGAUGAUCUACCCAUAUUUGAGGAGCCCAUAGCUGAGAUGACUCACAAUGUGUAUGGUCUGGACCAUUCCAAGAUAAUGAGCAGACUGCUAGCAGCUAGGAAGAAGACUCGCGAUGCUUGGAGCACCCUCAACACUGAGAAUGACGUCAUAUCAUACAGGGUGAAUCCUGAUAAGGUUCCUGAAUCUGUUAGUAACCAGAGGAAAGAACUCGCCGAUUUCUUAAUGCAGAGACAGAUCCUAGAAAAGAAAAUCCAAAAGCGGCUCAAGGACUCGCGCCAAGACUUGCUUCUUACGGAAAAGGCUGAGGAGACUGAAGAGGUGGAGGAUGACGACGAAUAUUACGAGGAUUCUGAUGAAGAGAGCUACAACUAUUACGAGCACACGGACCUGCCUGGCCAUGUUGCCAGGCCGCAAUUGUAAUUUAUGUUACGUAGAUAAAUAAAUUAUUGUAGUUUUUAUUA